UGGCCGACGUGGAAGGUUAUACUACUGCCAGGUAUAAGAAUGUCUGUAGAAGGCAGUUCUGUGGCCAUCGUAGGAGGUGGGAUUUCUGGCCUGGUGUGUGCUGUUAGGUUAGGGCAACUUGGCAUCCGUAACACAACAGUGUUUGACACAGGUAAGAAUGCUCCAGGUGGCCGGUGCUCCAGCAGACUUUUACAGAGUGGUCAGACUCACUAUGUCUUUGACCACUCUACCCAGUAUUUCACUGUCACUGACCAGCGUUUCUCCAAGAUUGUUUCCUAUCUCCAUGCAAAGGGAGCGGUCAAGAUAUGGACAGGCCCUAUUGGCCACCUUAGAGAUAAUGGUCAGUUUGAGAAGGAUCAGACAUUAACACAGGCUUUUGUUGGAACUGGGGGCAUGUGUAGUAUCCCACAAUGCUUAGCAUCCAUGGUACACGUCCGCCGACCAGUCUGGGUGGGGGAGGUCGUGUGGGAGGAGGGCAGUAAGAAAUGGAAUGUGGGAGGCCAGGGUUACUUUGACUACCUUGUCAUAGCACAUAAUGGGAAGUGUGCUGACAGAUUGAUGGCUAAUGCAGGAGUGCCAAGGAUCCAUAAACUGCUGCAAGUCAGAUUUGGAUCACGCUUAGUUCCAAAAGAUCUCAGAAUGCAGCUCUGCUCGCUGUGGGUGCUGCUAGCAAUUUUUCCUACCAGUCUGAAACUCAAAUACCAAGGGGCACAUGUGGAUGGUGGAAUAAUUUCCUGGGUUGCAAACAAUACUGCCAAACUAUCCGCUGGUACAACUCAGAGCACAGGAGGAUCAUGUGUUGGUCAAGAAUGCUGGACUGUUUUCAGUACACGUGAUUUUGCAGCAACCAACAAAGUGCCUCAAGAGAACAUUCCACCAAGCAAGAGAAGGGAGGUAACUAACAAGCUGUUGUCAGAGUUUGGCAGAGUUACAGGCCUUGGUGACAGGCUGCCUAAGCCAAGCAAGACCUUUGUUCAGCUUUGGGGGGCCGCCGUACCUAUGAACACGCUUGAGACGAGUGAAGAGUGUGUGUUUGAUGGCCUGCACCACGUGGGUGUCUGUGGAGACUGGCUGGUCAGUCCCUGUAUACAAGGAGCAGCUAUCAGCGGCUUGGCUCUGGCAGAACACAUCCACAAACAUGCCUCAGGUCUUGGUACAGACAGCCCUCUUCUUCAAAAAUUCCGGCCAGCAAGUUCAGAAAUGAUCGGAGCUUUCCCCACAGACCCCAACAUGAUGUUUAAUCCCAAAAAAUAA